UGAGUGUAUAAAACAGCUACACAUCACGUCUUUGGCACUGGUGACCAACAUGAAGUGCGCUUUAGUGGUUAUUCUGUUACUGGCUUCUGCGCUGGCAGCGGACCCGCGGCGGCCCGGCAGGCUGCACUCCCAGUCGCACCUCAGGAAGCUGCCGCGUGCGCCGCCUUCUCCCCCUGCAGCCAAGAGGAUCCCUGCAUCCGCAGAAGACCGCGUGGUGCAAGGUUCGCAGGCCGUGCAGGGCCAGUUCCCGUUCCAAGCGGGCCUCAUGAUCGAUGGCUCCGGUUUCUGCGGGGGCUCCCUCAUCUCGACCACCGCCGUCCUCACCGCUGCACACUGCGUCGACGCCGGUUCGUUCUUCACCGUUCUGCUCGGAGGCCUGGAGCCGCGGCCCACGUCUGGGGACAACAGCCAGUCAUUCGCCACCACCGACGCCAUCAAGAACGACGCCUUCUACACUCCGGACGGCAAUGCCGCCUACUAUGACGUCGGCGUCAUCUUGUGGUCCGAUCCCAUCACCAUCACCGACUAUGUGAAGCCAAUCAAGCUGCCAUCGAGGUCGCAGGUCAGUGAGACUUUCGCCGGCUCCGACGCCACCGUCACUGGGUGGGGACUCACCAGCAACGAUGCAUGGACUGUUGCUGGUUACCUUCAAUACGCUGAUGUGCAUAUCUGGGAUAACGCAGACUGCCAGGCUAUAUACGGCGAACUUGUCGAUUCCAAUGCGAUCUGUGCAAUGGGCAUUAAUGGUCAGCAUACUUGCUAUGGCGAUAGCGGUGGCCCGUUGGCGGUGACUGGGUCGGACGGCGAGCCGCUGGUGGUGGGGGUCGUCUCUUGGGGCACGGCCAACGACUGUGAGUCCGGCCAGCCCGACGUCUUCAUGCGCGUCACAGCCUUCCUCGACUGGAUCGGCGAGAAUGCCGGCGUCACCGUCUCGUGAGGCGGGGCGCCAACGACGGCGCUGUCUAGCACGUGCGAGUGGCGCACAUGAUAUUGUGGGUGCUAAUAAAUUCAGUUCGUGCUUAUGGUUGUAUGAACUUAAUUCCACAUUCGCUAGUAGAGUCCCCGCCUGACAACAGUGCACCUUACAGAACUUUGGCACGAUUUGAACUGUUUACGACCUUCGAAAGAAACACAAACGCACACUUGAAAAGAGAAGCAAUUUGCACAACAAUAAACUGAACGAACUGAACAUUAAAGCUGCAGCGCCAGGAAGGAGAGCAAGUAACGAAAUUCGAUUAU